UGGAAAGGACCAAAAUGCAGAGCAUGGACAUCUCAUCAUCUGCUGCGCCCAGACUCCGAGUCCUUGAACCAGAGGAAGAAAUGGCCAUCAAUGAAAUCGUUAGUGCCUACCAUCAGAGUCUGGAGAUAUGUGUGGAGUCUGAGGUCUCUAGGAACCAUCCUUCUAUGACGGAGCUGGUCAACAUAGCGGAGAUCAGUGUGCGGCGAGUCAUUGACAUGUCCAAGAAGAUCAAGUCUUUCAAGGCUUUGUCUCAGACUGAUCAGAUAAGCUUGUUGAAGGGAGGAAGCAUUGAGCUGCUAAUCAUUCGCUCAGUAAUCACCUUUGAUAGUGAUAAGAUGCAGUUCUUGGAUCCUUAUGACAAGGAGAAGUAUGCCAUGACCACAGACCAACUUAGGAUGGGUCAGGGUUCGGGUCUUUUUGAUGAACACAUGCGUUUUGUGAAGAGCUUAGCUGUUGAUCUUCAGGCAGAUGAAACAGUUCUUAUCCUUCUUCUGAUGAUUGCUUUGUACUCACCUGAUAGGCCGCAGGUUGUAGACAAGCACUACGUGGCUGAAGAGCAAGAACGUUAUGCCCUGCUCCUUCUACGCUAUCUGGAGUCCAAACAUCCACCACAUGUUAUACGCUGGAUGUACCCCAAACUUCUCAUGAAACUCACAGACAUCCGCAACCUGAAUGAGGAGCACUCACAAGUGCUGCUGAAAAUCAAUCCUGAAGGUAUUCAGCCUCUAAUGAAGGAAGUUCUAGACCUGAACGCAGAGAAGAAUAAACAGGCCAAAAGUGAGAACGAUCACAACGCUAGAGUUGACCAGCAUCAAGAACAGCAAGAGCAGCCAAUGUCUAUUUGUUAA